UGGUGAGGUUUUAGCCCCCCGCUUCCCUUUUUCUUCAGCUCGCUCAAACACUCACAAUUCAAGCUUCUUCUCACUCGCCCGUUAGGGUUUCUAUUUUCCUUCCUUCUCUCGCUUCCCGCGUUGCACGCCAAAUACCGACGCCAUGGAUAGGUAUCAGAAGGUCGAGAAACCUAAGCCUGAAUAUCCGAUAAACGAAAACGAAAUCCGAAUCACCAGUCAAGGCGCCAUCCGAAACUACAUCACUUAUGCUUCUACCCUGCUCCAGGACAAACGUGUUAGAGAGAUAGUCUUUAAAGCCAUGGGGCAGGCAAUCAGUAAAGCAGUCGCCAUUGCAGAAAUUUUAAAGAAGAGAACUCCACGACUGCAUCAGGAAACAUCCAUCAGCUCUGUGAGCAUAACCGAUGUAUGGGAACCUAUUGAAGAAGGUCUUGUACCUGUGGAGAUGACUCGUCAUGUCUCAAUGAUUUCAAUUACCUUGUCUAAUCGGGAGCUAAAUAAAAACUCUCCUGGGUAUCAAGCUCCACAUUUUGUGGAACAGCCAAAGCAACAAUUUAAUUAUCAGCAGCAACAACAACAACAGCCCAGACAGGCUCGUCCUUAUUACAAUGCUGUUAAUGAAGAUCCGUAUGGCCAAAGCCGAGGCCGUGGUAGAGGUAGAGGGCGUGGUUGGGGCAGAGGGGGAUAUGGCAACUACCAAGGGGGAUACGGCAACUACCAAGGGGGAUAUGGCCACUACCAGGGCGGAUAUGGUCAAUACCAAGGCGGAUCCGGCAACUGCCAAGGUGGAUCUGGCAACUACCAACAAGGUGGAUCUGGCAACAACUAUCAAGGUGGAUCUGGGUAUUAUCAGGAUAAUGGUGGGUACUCGAAUUGGGGCAGAGGAGGCGGGCGAGGCAGAGGUUGGACAUAUCGUGGAACUGGCUAUGAUAGAGGCAGAGGGGGUAGGGGUUAUGGUCGUGGUCGGGGUCGGAUGGGUGGACGAACAAGGGGCGGUGGUGCUGGUAGAACCCAGGCUUAGUUAAAAAGUUAUUCGUUUUUUUUUUAUUGGUUCUUUUUACUUGAGCUAAAUGCUUUGCCUUGGCCAGUGAGAUGCUUUUAUCUGAAUAUACUGUUUAUAAUGGCGUGAAAAUUUGGCUUCUUAAAGCGUUUUUGAGCAGUAUUUUCUUGUUUUGCUCUUUGAUAACGUGGUAGGGCAAGGUUUUUUUUUUUGUUCCAUGUUUUGCAUUUAGCUUAUAAGAGCUGUCUGUGUCAGUUCAGUUCUUUCACAAUGUAAUUUGUUUUUGCCCAUAUGGUUUCCAGUACUCAGCAUUUUUUUUGUAUUCAUUUCUUCUACUUAGUUGA